AGAGAGGAGAGAGAGAGAGAGAGGGAUUUAGUUUAAAACGUCUUAAGAAGCUGAAGAAGACGUGACAAAAGUGAUGGGAGCAGCUGAGGGACAAAUCACAUGGUACUAGAAUUCCUCCUCCUCCUCCUCCUCCUCUCUUAACCGCAACUCAGAGAGAUUAGGGUUCUUGUCUCUCUCUCUAUCUCUCUCUGUUUUUGUUUCUGGGAUUUUGGGGGAAUUGGGGUUAUAGUUUUAUCAGGGUGGAGUGAUCUGGGUGGUCUGUGAGAGAGAGAUGGAGGAGACUCGGCUGUGCCAGUGGAGCGUGAUUAGAUCUCUUCUCGCUGUGCUUCAAUGGUGGGGCUUCAAUGUCACCGUCGUUGUCAUGAACAAGUGGAUCUUUCAGAAACUGGAUUUUAAGUUUCCCUUGACUGUAUCAUGCAUUCACUUUAUAUGCUCGGCGAUUGGGGCAUACAUGGUAAUCAAGGUGUUGAGGCUUAAACCACUGAUAGCAGUUGAGCCUGAAGAUCGCUGGAAAAGGAUAUUCCCUAUGUCAUUCGUGUUCUGUAUCAACAUCGUCUUGGGGAAUGUGAGCUUGCGUUACAUUCCAGUUUCUUUUAUGCAGACGAUAAAGUCAUUCACUCCUGCGACCACGGUUUUUUUGCAGUGGCUGGUUUGGAGAAAGAGUUUUGACUGGAGAAUUUGGGCUUCCUUGAUACCCAUUGUUGGAGGAAUUCUUCUUACUUCUAUUACAGAACUUAGUUUCAAUAUGCUUGGAUUUUGUGCUGCCUUAUUUGGUUGUCUGGCUACUUCCACAAAGACUAUCCUUGCAGAGUCUCUGUUGCACGGAUACAAAUUUGACAGCAUAAACACCGUGUACUACAUGUCACCUUUUGCAACCAUGAUCUUGGGAUUACCUGCUGUGCUACUAGAAGGUAAUGGAGUUCUUGAAUGGCUUCACACCCAUGAGACUCUUGUUCCAUCCCUCACCAUAAUUUUCAGCUCUGGGGUAUUGGCAUUUUGUCUCAACUUCUCCAUCUUCUAUGUGAUUCAUUCCACAACCGCUGUGACAUUCAAUGUUGCUGGAAACCUCAAGGUUGCUGUUGCUGUCCUUGUUUCAUGGAUGAUAUUCAAAAACCCAAUUUCUGGUAUGAAUGCCGUUGGAUGUGGAGUAACGCUUGUGGGAUGUACUUUCUAUGGGUACAUAAGGCAUCUCCUCUCCCAACAGCUGCCUGGAACUCCUCGAGCUGCCAGGACUCCACCCAGGACACCCAGGACUCCACGAGGUCGUAUGGAGCUGCACCCUCUUGUAAAUGAUAAGCUAGAUGACAAAGUCUAAUGGUUGACGACGAGGCUCUUAACAGUCGGGAAAUUAUUUAUAGGAAAAUGAGUACACAAAACUUACUAUUCACUUGCUUUGUAAUCUUGGUUCAGACUACAAAUUUUUAAUAUAAGUUAUUUUUCCCAU